AUUUACUCUUAUCAAUUUCAGGUAACAUUAUUAAAUCCAGCAUAUACAGUCUGGGAAUGUAGCUAUCAAAUUGAAAAUUGUCACGCUUCUGCAGUAAUCACAACUCAGGAGAAAUAUUCAUUAAUUGCAACAAGUAUAAAAGAGCAACAUCAGAUUCGCCUGCCAGCAAUUCUUAUUCCAUGCGGCAGUGAGCCACUUCCCGCAGGUACGAUAAAUUUCAGGGAUCUAGUGGCUGAUGGAAUUGAGGAGUUUGAAAAGACGGGGGAGCCAACUGGAAUUGAUGAUAAAAAUGAUACAAUACUCCUACCUUACUCCAGUGGAACCACUGGGCUGCCUAAAGGCGUGGAACUCACACACAGGAACCUUGUUGCUAAUUUAACGCAACUAGCGGAACCAAGUUAUACUUUUUCAGAACCAGCUGUUGGUGAAUUCCAAGAAAUCUUACCUACGUUUCUACCUCUUUAUCAUAUCUACGGUUUGGUCGCCUCUCUUUACAGUUUCCUCAGUUGUGGUGGCAAACUUAUUUUAAUGCCUGAAUUCACAUCAAACAAUUUACUAGAUGUCCUUGAGAAUAACGAAGUCACAGAAUUGCACUUAGCUCCUCCGGUUGUCCAACUCAUAGCAAAUGACUCCAGAUUCAGCAAAAAACACAUGGAGAGGGUCAAGUGCGUUAUGAGUGGAGCAGCCCCACUUGGAUUAGAAUUGAUCACAAAAUUCCAGUCGAAAAUGAGUACAAACUGCCAAUUUACCCAGGCUUACGGAUUGACCGAGACUUCACCGAUGAUAACGAAAUCGAAAUAUUCGGAUUGCCAAUCUGUUGGUUUGAUAAGUGUGAAUACUCGUAUUCGAAUAGUUGGAAGAAAUAAUGAGAACACCGGAAUGAACUUGGGGAUCGACGAAACUGGAGAGAUUGUGGUCAAAGGGCCACAGGUGAUGAAGGGAUAUUACAAGAAUACGAAGGCCACUGAGGAUUGUAUGGAGGGAGAGUGGUUCAAAACAGGAGACUUGGGGUAUAUCAAUGACAAAGGGGAAUUAUUUGUAACUGAACGUGUGAAGGAACUCAUCAAAGUCAAGGGCUACCAGGUGGCUCCAGCUGAACUUGAGAACGUCAUUUAUGGUCACGAUAGCGUCGCGGAUGUCGCGGUAAUUGGAAUACCCCAUGAAAAAUUUGGUGAAGCACCAAAGGCAUUCAUCGUGUUAAAGGCGAAUGCCAAAACUACAGAGGAAGAAAUAAAAAAUUACGUUGCUGAACGUCUUGCCAAGUACAAACACAUUGACCAAGUCCAAUUCAUCGAUCAAAUACCAAAAAGUACCGCUGGCAAGAUUCUCAAGAAAAAACUUCGACAGCUGAAAUAGUGAAUUCAUCUAUUCAUGAACUGUAUUUUAUGUUGGCACAUGUAAGAGCUUGAAUAAACGAAAAACUUUGUUUGCAAGAGAAA